AUGAGAAUGGAUAUGUUCCGGUGGCUACCGGGUGCCUGCGGAAGCCUCGGACCGGCCCUCAUUCCUCCGGCGCACAUCGCUGUCCUGUGGUACUUCUGGCAGAACUAUUCCCGCUUCGUCGACAAACGCUUCUGCUCCUGUUCCUGCUGGGACACGGUCUUUAAAGGAACGUACGAGUCGGGGAUCGCGUCCUACAAGCACAUGUACUUCAAUGCCACGCAAAACACGAUGAAAAUGUGGCUGCUGAUCGUGAUCGGUGUGAUCGCGCUGUACGAGUGCACCAAGCACCUGAUGCAGCUGCUGCUGCAGAGCAAGGUGCGCUACACGAUGAUCGUCCUGUUUCUGCUGUCGAUCUUUUCCCACUACUACGCCUGGUGGGCCUAUCUGAACUACUACAACGACGAGUACUACCACCAGUGGAACCAUCAGCUGUUUUUCACUAUCACCGAGCUCAUAUCAACCAGCUUCGUGUUGCAUUUGGCCAAUGUCGAGAACCAGGUCACUGCCCGCAAGACGCUCAGCAUCGUCGGCAUCGCGCUCCUACACAUACUGGCCAGCGGUGUCGAUCAGUUCAUAUCAAACGUGUUUCGCGGCGAAGGCUAUCCGCAUCAGGUCGUACGAGAUCUUGGCUUCAUGAUACCGGACGUGAUGCACCUGAUACUGCCACUCUGGUUGCUGCGCCAGACCCGGCUCGAGAGCUUCAGCACUCGGCCGUUCUACCGCGACCGGAACCUCCGGCGGGACGUAGCACUCAUGUUCUUCGUCGUAACAGUAUUAUUCACGAUCUGUUCGUUCCUGUAG